UGUGUGGUGGUUGUUUUUUGCAUAUUUCAGAAACAUGCAAUUUAAUAUUGCCUGCCUUCCCUCUCCUCGCUCUCAAUUAUCCCCACUUAGCUCAUUCUCCUCAGGAAGUGGAUUGCAUAAAACAUUAAUGGACUCUGUCUGCCCGGUCUAUGAUCGCUCAGCCUCUUCUAACAACAGAUGUUAUUACAACUACUCUCCCUCCCACAUUGCUUUUGUCAGUGUCACUAACAGUGAAACCAAAUCAGCUUUUUCCUAGAGCAGCUGAUUGAUUGCUUCUCCUGCGACUUCUCUCUCUCUCUCUCUCUCUCUCUCUCUCUCUCUCUCUCUCUCUCUCAUCUAGCGACUUGCUCUGGGACACCACAGGCAGUUUCUUCUGCUCUUUGAAAAUAAUCAAUGGCAAUUUUUUGAAGGAGGAGGGUAGGGGGAAGAAACAUGCUGGAAGAGAGAGCAUUGUCCCCGGAGAGUACAGAGGAGGUGGGACAGUUAGUGAGCAUAGCUCAGGGUCCAAGUUCCCUUCCUCGGGUCACUUUUAAUGCUCCAGAGAAACCAGAAGAGGAAACGUCCCACAGAAGGCUGGGCAAAUUAACCAUCAAGUAUAACCGAAAAGAUCUUCAGAGAUGGCUAGAUCUGGAGGAGUGGAUUGAUGCCCAGUUGCAAGAGCUGUAUCAGUACCAGUUGCAGGAGGAGACAGAAGCCACAGCCGCUCCAGAGCCAGAAAUCGACAUUGAGGAUCUUCUUGACGUCUCUAACGAGGAGCAGAAAUCUAAACUGCAGGAAAUUCUCCAGGAGUGUUCCAGACCUACAGAGGACUUUGUUACAGAACUGCUCGAUCGAUUGAAAGGUCUCAGGAGAAUGGCCAACAAUCAAAAGAAAUGAACCGCAAUGACAAAAACCUGUAACACAAAAUGCAUCAUCCCGUGGAAGAGAAUUAUUAGAAGACACAGGGAUGGAAUUCCAGCGCUGCCUGAUAUCGUACACAUCAGAUUCCAAAGCAUCCAUCUUCAUUCGCCCCUUGGAUUUCUAUCUGCAAGCAGUAGCUUGUUUGCGGGGAGGAGAGGCCAUAGCUCAGGAGGCAGAUCAGAUGCAUUGCUGGUCAAAGCUCCCAGGUUCAGUUCCUGACAUCUCCAUUUGAAAAACACUUAUGGAGCAGGGCUGGGAAAGAUCUCUGCUCAAAGCUCCAGAGAGGUAACAUGGAACUAGACAUGCCAAUGCUCAGACUGUUAGAAUCAAGCUAGGUCUUUAAGAACAGGGACAGGGAGUCUGUGUCUCCCCAGAUGUUGCUGGAUUUCAGCCCCCAUUGAAUCCUCCCAGUGUGGCCUUUGCUCAAGGGUGCUGGAGAGCAGGGUGGGGAGGGAACAGCUGUUAUGGGAGGGAAGCAUCUCUUUCCUCUUUGCAUUAAAUCAGGGUGGGGAACCUUUGGUCCUGCAGAUGUUGCCGGGCUCCCAACUUAGCUUGAGCCAGCAUGAAAACUAAGGGCCACCAGAUUGUUGUUGUUAUUAUUAAAUGUGUAUACUGCCCUUCAUCUGAAGAUCACAGGGCAGCUCACAACGUAAAAAUACAAACACGAAAUACGUAAAUCCCUUGUUGCCCUCCACCCAUUGUGUCAUGUUUUUGAGGGAUGGGGAACCUGGGGCUCUUGUUGUUGGACUCCGGCUUCCAUCAUCCCUGAUGCUGGCAGGGUUUGGUGGGAGUCAGAAGACAGCAACAGCAGAUUCUUUGCCCCUGAAUUAGAGCAUGGGGGACAGGACAAGUCCCUCAAGCGGUACAGGUUAUCUGUUUGUAUGAUGGCAUUUGCAAGGAAUAAUAAUUUUCAGUUGAAUAUUUUUGUGCUUCUUAAUAUGAAUGUAUGCACCAGACAUUUAAAGCACAAAGUUUCCUCAUAAAUCCUGGGAACUGUAUUUUGUAAGGGUAGUGGAAAUUAUAGCUCUGUGAGGGGCAUUCUACAGUUCCCUGGAUCUUUUUUGGCUUUAAAAAUGAAUUAUAAAUGUAUGGUGUGUGCAUAGCCUAAGAGAAGCAUUUAUUCGAAUUUAUCAGACUCCCCAGUUUUCAUUGACAUCACCUCUGAGAUCAGUCUUUAAAAACAUUUUUCCUGCCUAAAGUGAUUACUUCCAUCUUUACUUCCAUCAACGAUACAGCUGAGAAGGUAAGGCACAGGACACAGAGUCAUACAGUGAAGAACGACAUCAUGAUGGGGGUUUACAACUGGAGUAUCCUAUCUUUGUUACAUACCUACGCACCAUUCAAAAUGCAGAAAGCUGACAGAAUGCCAAAAAUGGGAAGCGGGGAAGUCAAGUUUUCAGUGACUGAAAGAGGGGAAGAAGUUGGACAUGGGAAAGUGGAUUUAGCUCAGCCCUUGAUUAUUUCUCUCUUUCAUGGAUAAAUGCUCUUAGGGAAUUGCACGUGGCUUAGCUACCAGAGUCUAGAAUCCAAAAAUACCGAGGCAUAGGAGUUUCUAGCAGCUAAACGUGAAGGAGGUGGGAGAUGAAAUACCUGAGCUGCUGCAGAUCUGUGAGUUUUCUUGAGUAACACAUGUCCAUUCAUGUAAUUACAAGGUGGGGUUUCCUGUCCUUUUUAUUUCCUAUUCUGAGGAAUACACACUGGUGACUAAGGCAAUGUUGAGAUCGUUCACUCUUCUGAGCAACGGGAUUGACUUCACCACAAGAUCUGUGCUCUUUCAGGCAUGAGGGCUGCAUCCAUAGCAAAAAAUGUGUUCACUGUUGCUUCCCCCCCUUUCAAAUAUUGUUUCUGCACAAACACCUCAAGCAUGUGAUAUUUUGGGAUGCAUAAGGAGUUAACAUCAAAAAUGUAUUUUUGCCUUUCAUUUCAAUCGCUUUGUACAAUGUCUUCGUCAUCAUCAUCAUCAUGUUUAAGAGGUACA